AUGACGUCGUCGUCGUCACUCGUACCCGACGUGUCUCGCGUCUUUGUGGCUCAUUCCAGUCUUGGUGAUCCUAAGUGGUCCAAUGCCUUGUUUGUCAGACCAAGGAGUGUUAGCCAGGAAAAUACAGUACUGAGUCGUGAUUUCCGAACCGAAACGGCAUACGAUACUUCUAUGACAUCGCAAAUAGCUGCAGCACCAAAAAUACCACUGAAUGCUGUUGAAUGUGGAGCAUGGAAACAGCAGAUGGCUGAUAUUUCUUCCACGUCUAACAGUACAUCGGUCGUCAUCACAUGUGGAUCUGAAAUGAGCGAUGUCGCUGUGCGAGCCGUUGCGUCUCGUUGCUUUGGGCUAUACUUUGAUCAGCAUUUCGCCACUGGCGUAUACAAACGGGUCAUCAGGUUUGUUCACAUGUAA